AUGGCUGACGAGGAGAAUUCGUUUCUCGACAGUGGCAGAGAGAACACACUUUUGUGCAAAAAUGAGCCGCCAGCACCAACCUACUGCUGGAAAGACAUCACGAAGGAGUUCAGAGAAGCUACGAGGGAGCUUGAACUUGGUGAGCUCGUCCACGACGAUUCGUUCACGCUAUUCGAGGCCAUGUCGGCGAUCGAGAUGAUGGAUCCAAAAAUGGACGCUGGAAUGAUGUGUAACUUUGGCAACAAGAAAGUGAUGAAUUUUGACCAAGCUGUGAGUGCAGGUGCCCUCAAGAUAGCUGAUCUAAGCCCGGCAGAACACAUCGGCAUAAUCGACUCGACCCUCGCCUGCCUCGUCACUUGGCUGGAGGGCCACUCUCUGGCACAGACCGUGUUCACUAACCUUUACCUACACAAACCACACCAAGUUGAAGACAAGGUGAUAAAGGCUUUUUCUGUCUGUGUCCUCAAAAUGGUAGACAUGAUUAAAAACUUCGUCACCAAGGCUGCCGUAUUCGAGGAAGAAGACUUCCAACCGGUUGUGUACGGUUUUAAAUUAGCCUGGGAUGUCACCGAAGUCCGGGCUGCAGGAAUGAUGAAGGAGAUCGAAGACGAACUCUCCAAAAAAGUCAAGGCUACCAGGGCAAAGCUCGGGGAAGAGCUCGACUCGGCGCAACUGGCCUGCCACGAAGAAGCCGUGGCUGUGUACUCAAGAAUCAAAUUUUGUCGCUUCUUCCAGCAGGCACUGGUUGUUUUCAACAAGAAGGGAAGCGAUGGCGUCGAGGAAGUGGAGCGCCUUCUUCAACAGUGCCUCGAGGUGCUUCCCGUUCUGAGGCGCACCAUUGCCUUGGGCGUGCAGCCGGACCCCAAUGCGGAAGGAACCAAUCGUGCCGACUACCCAACGGUGAUGGGAUUCGAGCCAUUGGUUAACCAGAGGCUACUUCCCCCGACGUUUCCCCGUUACACGAAAAUAAAGCCACGCGAGGACACCAUGGAAUACAUGGAAGCAUUGAUAGGUCGGCUGCGUCAUGUUUGCCGAGUCGUGAAUUGCUCAUCUUUUCACUCGGCCAUCGACUUCCUUGGAGAGUUCAGCAAGACCUGGCCGUGUGUUCUCUCUAGGUCCGUGGUCCAGCUUUUGUACUUGCCCUGCCCUGGCAAGGUUCUUGGCAACCUGACCAUGGUGGACGUCCUCAAGGAGUCAGUCCGUGCUUUCAUACGGCCACCUGUGCUGUCACAGCGAGGCAACAAUGCCCUUGGCAACCAUCCGCAUGCUCGAGAGCUUGUAGAUGCUUUCCUCAACCACUGCGUGCGGCCCUUCACCUCCAUGGUGCACAUCAGUGGCCACAACAGGGCGCGUCAGCGAGACAAGUUGACGCACCUUCUAGAGGAGCUUGCUGUGCUACAGGACGAAGCGGAUCGCCUGGACACAGUGUUGCAUAGCAUCUCACUCAAGAUGGAGUCAUCAUUACCCCACCAGCCACAACAGCAGCUGGCAUGCUUCACCACUUGGGUGUUGCACCACGUUUUGCGCACUAUGAUUCGCUAUCUUCUCUCAGGCUUUGAGCUUGAACUGUACUCUGCUCAUGAAUACGGCUACAUCUACUGGUAUUUGUAUGAGUUCCUAUAUGGCUGGAUGAUCUCAGCACUUUCACGCGCUGAUGCAUUCCUGAUGGAACAGGAGGCACGUGCUGAACAGCAACGUACUGGGCGCCCUGUGAAGAAAGGCAAACGUCGCAAAAAGCCCUGCCCCCACAGCCGUGAGAUUGUGAUAAGCCAGGCAUACCAAAAUCUGUGUGGUGGCUAUUACAAGACUCUGGCAGGCUUUACACUGGACGGCAAGCUGCGUAGGCCAUGCCCAGAGUUCGACAAGGAAAAGGUGCGUUAUGAACAUCGCUUUGCACCCUUCAACAGCAUCCUGACACCACCUCCUGUACAGUAUGGCCAGUACAAGGAGAUGACUGACCCAUACAAAUAUCAGCUAGAUCCAACACCUGAGGACAUGUAUAUGGCAGCCUGCAAGUGCUUCCAGAAUGCACGUAUGUUGCUCGACAGUUUGCCUGACCUCAGCAGUGAACUGACUAGUGUUAUGAAAGUGGCCAAGACAAACUUUGUUGUGGUCAAACUUCUGCUCAGUGGCCACAAGAAGGAUUCUACAAUGCUGCCAGAAUUUGACUUCAGCCAGCACAAGAACUUUCCCAUUAUCAGAAUUUGAAUGAUAGCAUUGUACACACUGCAUUUUUUAUACCAGUGCAGUUCACAACUCUUACAUUCUAAAGGGUUGCUGCACGUCGUCAAAAUUGCUCAGGUUUGUAGAGGAUUGAGCAAAAAUUGGAAUGUUGUUUGCAGCAGUACUGUCAUUCUUAUGUUUAAAAAAUGGCCAUCAUGGUGACAUUGUGAGUAUUUUCAGGCCAUUAUCGUAAAAGUGAUUUUGUGCACUAAGCAAUACCUAAUUUAAAAGCAGUUGCAACAGAAUUGCUUUGUUACAGUGUAACUAUUCAAGAAAAACAUGAACAAAACUUAAGUUGUCUAAACUGUCAUAAGGUAAAACUAAGGUUUCCAUGUACAUACCAACAUAGUCAAAUAUUUGUUCAUAUUUUUGCAGUCAUGUAAGGUAUUUGGCAUUAUCUGAGUUGUAUCUUAAAUGAUUAAUAAUGUGAUAUCUCGUUCUUAUAAUUUUUUAUUCUAUUGAAAGAAGAUCCUAUCACAAAACACUAAGGAAAAAUAAAUAUAUUCAAUAGCUUUAGAGCAUUGUCAGUAAUUUGCAGGUUCUUUAGUCUGUUGGUUUCAGGGUUUAUAGGGGUGUUUUCCUAGGUUUUUAGUAGUGUUUCCAAGUGUGAGCAGAGAAGACGCCUGAUGUGCUGUCGUAUUAGUCUGUGCAAAAAUUAGCAUGGUACGAGGCAACCCAGAGAGUUGCUAGUAUGCUGCAAUGUCUUGCUCACACAUGACCGUCAUCUUUCAUAUCUAGCAUCACAUGGCAUACCACAUUUUAGGAAAGUUACUUAAUCAUUCAGGGUGCUUCGAAAUUUGCCAGUAUGUUUUAUAUAGUCAUGGCAAUUAAAACCUCAAUUCCGAAAAUCAAAAGUUGUAUAUAUCAUGGAGUACAUAAGUCGACUUGAACUGAACGCACUUAAUGUGUGCUGCCUCAUGUUAAUUUACUGUUCCAGUGCAGCCAGCAUAUGAAUCAACUUCCUGCUGUGACAGAUUGUAGAAUAUCAACUGUACUGUGAGACUUCUUGCAUCUGCAAAAAAGCUUUUCCUGUAGUGCCAAGUUCACAUUGGCAGAUGUACAGUCAUAAGCCAUGCCUUCACUAACAGAAACUGUAAUUAACUGGCAGAAGUUAGGGUAAACAGUGCAUUUCCAAAAAUGAUGAUGUGAGUUGUUUUCAAGCAUGACAUUUUUGCUGCAGAACCUUCAUUGUGCUGUACUGGUUGUAAAUAUUUUCAUCCACAGAACAGUAUAGGUCAUGGCAUUGUGUCAUACUUAAGGAAUGGUCAUUGUGUUGUUACAAUUACAUGGAGGUCAAGGAGGAUAGAUGUGAACUUACGUUAUUUAAAAUAAAUUCACAUUGACUCGUA